AUGCCGGUUUGCUGUGCUGUCGGCUGCUCUAACCAGUCUGGCAAGCCCCUUGGGACCACGGUGCAUCGUAUUCCGCGGGAUAAAGCUCUCCGAGCGGAAUGGGUUGCAGCGAUUCACCGCGAGAAUUUGCCACCUACGUUUGAGGAGAGUAGUGCAAUUUGUUCCGCACAUUUUGAGGAGGAUGCCUUCCAGAGGAACUUGCAGGGAGAGAUGGGCAAAGCGUGCCGCGGAAAGCUGAAAGCAGACGCUGUGCCAUCGAUCUUCCCGGACAGGCAUCCCCCAACGAUGCGCACGAUGUCGCAGUAUCAGGAGAGGCAGGAGAGAGAAGAUGUGAGUGAAUGGUUUUGGUAA